AUGGACACUCAGACUUUAGCAGUGGUUGAGAGCACAGUCGAGCCUCCGAACGUGGUGUUUGGAGAUGAUUCACAAUUUGACUAUCUUGGGAACUAUACGUCGGUAUCGGACAUGCUAGAAGGCUCGUAUAGUAACCAGGACUGGCUAGACUUUGUCAAUCUAACCACUGGCCACGUCCAAUUACUAGACGGGAACAGCCAAACUCGACUUGACAACUACAAGUUCCAUUUCCUUGAUAACUUCACCAGUAGAAGUGGACUGGUAGACUCAUUCGACUGUGGAACUCAUGAUCAGAGGAUUGAGGUAGUCAAAUCCUUCUUAGGAAGCGAAAAUCGCACGGGUUCCUCGCCAAACUUGCACGAUCCACUUUCCAUCCAAACUCAUCAGAUCUUGCUGGGCAUCAAGGAAAUAGUCACAACUAAACCCCGUAACAGUGUGGUUGAACUUGAAUGGUCACCUAUCCUAGAGCAGAUAUGCGUGCAGUUCUUCUCUCCUCGGAACCUUCGGAAGUUUCUCGCAUUGUACUGGCACAUCUGGCAUCCCAACGUCAAUUUUGUUCACAGACCUACGUUUGAACCAGUAAAAGUAAAGUCCACGUUGGUAACUGCCAUGGCACUGAUUGGGGCAAGUGUCUCCCCUGAUGCGGCAGACAACGAACAAGCCAAAAUGUGGUUCAACUCCGUUGAAGAGAUGAUCUUUACCGACGACGACUUCUGUCACGACCCUCAAGGUAAUCAAGACGCCCCGUUCCUGGAUUCAGCAACGAAUAUCUCAAGAAUUCAGGCUCUCCAGGCGGCGUACAUGAUGGCAAGAGACUUCGGCAUCAUAUCGGCAAAGCACCCAGGUUACUCAACAAUGCUUUGCAAUGACUUCGACUGGGAAGGCUUUGCAGCGAGAGAGCAGCUUAUAAGGGUGUUUCUCUGGACAUAUCUACUCGACCAUGCUUUUGUCAUCUUCAACAACCUGCCUCCCAGGAUGGUUAUUAAGGAAAUGAGUAUGCAUAUGGCAUCACCCGAGGCGGCCUUUCAAGCUACUACUAGUGAAGAUUGCUACCAAGAACUAUGCAAUUGGCAAUACCGAUCUGCGCCAAUACGUAACAUCACCUUUCGUCAGGUCGUAGAGAUAUUUUGCAAGAAUCCUAUCCCCGAUGAGAUGCAGCGAUAUUUCGCUGACCUGGGACCACUGAAUCUCUUUGCCGUUGUAUCAGCCUUCCAUGCCUUGUUAUUCCAUCACCAAAACUCAUUUGGCGGCCACGAUCAACUCCAGGCUGUCUACAACGCACUGAGUAACUGGAAAAUGGUUUGGGAAACCUAUUCAGAUGAGCUUUCCUUCUCUCCGCCACACGUUAUGGUGGACAAACAAAAUGUCUCACCAGCCGAGCUUUGGAGGAGAGUCGGGUUUAUGCAACACUCCCCAGAGUACUGGCUACUUGCCAAGUUACUCGUUGAUCGCCUUUCCGCACCCAUUGAAACAAUGACUAACCCUGAAGACGCUCUGCUUGACGCGACUACAGUAACUCAAGAGCCCAUAUUGGCGCGAUAUGACCAGACGAGUAUGCUUCAGGUGAACGACUUGAUUACAGGCUUUCAAAACGUCCAUAUUCGUUAA